GACCAGGUUUAAGUUCUCUUUGUGUUACAUCUACGUGUUACACACGGUAAGCACUAAGUACCAAAUCAUGUUUCUUUACAGUACUGUGUGACGCACAUACGCGGUAUUGUUUUAUGAAGUGAACUUUUAUUUCUUCCGAAACUGACCUUGGAUUCGCUCACAUGUCGUAAGAUUACUUGAGAACUAUAAAACGCGUAUCACCGGCCGAAGUCGAGUGUGAAGUUACUCACUAAUAUUUUCAUCUUUCUUGUGAAUGUGCUGUUUUCAUACCGAUAAUAACCGUCUACCAGCACCAAGACCAACAGAAUUUUGAAAUUUUCUUCAAGACAGCAGUAAAAGAAAACUGAAUACAAAAUGGCACUUGGAAUCAGUUUUGAAGUACUGUUUAUCAUACUCUCAUUACUUCUAUGGGGUGUUUUCUGGUUCAGUACUAGAACUUUCAACCACUGGAAGAAAAAGGGAGUUUAUUAUAAGGAGCCAAUAAUAUUCUUUGGUAACUUAAAGGAGAGAGUUCUUUUCCAGAAAUCAUUUCAUGAAUUUCAUAGAGACCUUUACAGGAGUUUCGACGGACACAAAUAUGCAGGUUUCUUUGAGGGCCGUCGACCAACUUUAAUGGUACGUGAUCCAGAACUGAUCAAAUUUAUAAUGGUACGUGACUUUGAGCACUUCGUGGAUCGUCCAACAGUGGCAUUGAGGAACUCUCCUUACACCCAGAAUAUGUUAAUAAACAUGAAGGGACAACAGUGGAAGAAUGUCAGAGCCUUGUUGACACCCACAUUCAGUUCAGGAAAACUCAAAGCCAUGGAGAACUUGGUGGAACAGUGUGGACAGCAAAUGGAAACAUUUCUCCAAAACGAAUGUAACAAAAAUGGCACCAAUAAUGAGAAAUGCAUAGAACUGGAGAUGAAGGAAUUCUUUGGUCGUUUCACAUUGGACGUGAUUGCAACUUGUGCUUUUGGAGUGCAGUGUGAUUCUCUGAAAGAUCCAGAGGCCGAGUUUGUUAAAAUCGCAGCUGCCUUCAACGACAUCUCUAUUUUCAACCGGAUACUAAUUUUCUUUGUUCUUUUCUUUGUUCCCCAGUUUUCUCGUUUCUUCCCUCUCAGGUUCUUCAAUAAGCAGGCAAUGGCCUUUCUAGUGGAUGUUGUGAAGAAGACCAAAGAGCACCGCAGACUACAUAAAGAAGAGAAAUGGAAUGAUUUCUUACAGCUGAUGCUUGAUGCUUCCGCAGAGGCGAAAGAAGAAGGUGGUGACGAGAAACAAGAUGACGGUGUAAAAAGUAACACAAAGAAAACAUCUACUACAGUUCUGAACGAAGAAACCAUAAUAGCCCAGUCACUGUUGUUCAUAUUGGCUGGAUUUGAGACUUCCAGUACACUUCUGACAUAUGCAGCCUAUGAACUGGCUCUUAAUCAAGAAAUACAACAUAAUUUACGUAAACAGAUAAAAGAGGUACUGGAUAAAUUUGGAGGUUACUGUUCAUAUGAAGCAUUACUGGAUAUGAACUAUCUUGAGAUGGUUCUAUUAGAAACUCUAAGAAAGCAUCCACCUCUCGCAAGAGUUGACAGGUUAUGUACGCAGUCAUACACCAUUCCUGGCACAAACAUACAGUUACAACAGGAUUCGACUGUAUGUAUUCCAAUCAUGGGGCUACAUCAUGAUCCUCAAUACUACCCUCAACCUGAGGUGUUUGACCCCAACAGAUUCUUGCCUACAGAAAAGACCACCAGGUCCCCAUAUGCAUUUUUAGCAUUUGGAUCAGGACCACGUAACUGCAUAGGUACACGUUUUGCUCUCAUGAGCACCAAGAUAGCAAUGGUCCAUCUCAUCAAAGAUUUCUACUUGAAGCCAUCAAUGAAGACUGAAGUUCCAUUUAAAUAUAAUAAAUUUUCUAUGUUCCUCAAAGCUAAGAAUGGGAUAUGGCUUAACAUUGAAAAGAUAUAAACAGAAAAAAAGCUCUACAAGCAUAUAGAGAUUCAUAUACCAGUGAUGAACUGAAAACUCAUUUGAAUAGAAUAGAUCUAAAACUUGCUCAAUCCAUUUAACAAGGUUGUGAAAAAAUAAGGCAGUAACUGUUUGAAAAACUUAUUAUGCAUUUAAAGUGUUAACAAUUUUUGCUCUUUAGAAAAUAAUGAGAAAAUUUAAAAAUGAAAUUUGUUAUAUCAUUUGAUUUACAUGCCUCAAAAAUAGAACUAGUGCCCUACUAAACUAUACAGAUUGUGGCAUGAAUUCCAUAAAUUAACAUGAACUGCACUCAGUUGAGAAACGUGAAAAAUAAGCUUGGAAAGCUUUGUACCUACUCUCUUCACUCACACAUGUUCAAGACAGGUAAUAUAAUGGCAAUAUCAGUAUUCAAAUUCAAGUUUCAAAACAUGCUUUAUUGUUAUCAGCUUUGGCAUAAGUGAACUUAAGUGAAUAUGGAACAAUGAUGUAAUGCUAUUGACAGGAAACCUGAAAGAUUCACAGAAAAACUUGUCCCAGUGCCCAAUAAAAAUCCCACAAGACUGCCAUAGGAUCAAACCCGGGUCUCCAUGGUGAGAAGCCAGUGACUAACUGCCUUUGCUAUGUCACAGCCUAUGAUAAAGUUAAGUUAGGUUUUACAUUAUGGAUUACAUGGCAUGGCAUAAAAAAUCAUUGUGAGGAAUUAUGAUUCUUAAAUUCAUCAAUAGGUACAUGUGAACAUACUGACAAUACAGCGACCUUCCUAAACCUAUGUUUAACAGACAAGCAUCUACACUCAUUUCUACUGACUAUUCGAUUGAAAUUAUACUGCUUCACAUUGUUAAAUAAGUAAUUUACAGGGAGUGUGUUGACAUGAAAACAACUGGGAAAAGUAAUAUAAAAUUUAUCUCAUAUAGGAGCUGUCAAUUGAAACAUACUGCAUAUACAUUUAAAAACUGUAAUUAUGGGAUAUCAUUUUAAAAUUAAACAACAGACCUUAA